GAUUUUUACUAGAUGGAAGCUACAUUCCGGUGGAAAAAAAACCACUCAAAAUCUAUCGUGAAAUAACUAUAUUUUAAAGGAACGAAAAGUACUCAGGUGUAAAAAAUUGCGCCAAGACUAUAUAGAAGAUAGAAUAUACUGGUUACAUUUACAUCUGGAGUCGUAAUUACAUGUGGAGCUAUCUUAUAUUUAUUUAAAGAAUAUAUUAUUUAUAUAUUGAAUGUAUGUGAAGGAAGAGGGUAUAGUAUACACUUUUAUAUUUAUUUAAGGUUAGAAGUACAUAUGUAUUUAUCGCAAUUAGAUUUUCAUUCCGUGUCGUAAGUAGACAAUAUGUCAGACGAAGAGGAAAUUAGGAAGACUGCCCGAAGUGCGAUUCUAUCAUCUUGGCUAAUGUCCUUUCAAAAGGCUAUGGACUGUGAUACAUGGGGUGAACCGUUAGUAGCUGAAGAUAUCUAUAAAAGAAUUUCUCAACAAAUUGAACAAGAAUCUUACCCUACAACUGAAUUAUUUACAGGACAUGAAAAGAGCACGGAAGCGACGUCUAAAGCUAUAACACUACAAGAUAUGAAACUGAUUUCCGAAAAUUUUAAGCUAAUGAAAAAUGAUCAUCAAAUUCGGUCCAAUUUCCCAACAGAUGUCGUUAGCGUUUCCACGGUAACGAUAUGUUUGCCAAAUUUACAAGAAAACGAUCCAGAUUCUGAAGGAACCAACAACAGUAGCCUGUUAGGCAGUUGUAGAGGAAAUUUACUUCCAGCCCCUCCAUCCUUUCCAGGAAAGACGACUUUGGGUAUAGUUAUUGAAAAAAUUGCGCUAAAGUCAUCUUAUAAAUAUAUAGAUCCUUUUAUAUCUGUAUCAGUAAAAGAUCAGAAUGGAGUAAAUGUAUCCAUCACGCAAAGGACACCGUCUUCCCAUAGAGUAGAAAAUGAUUGUAUAAUAUUCAAUCAAACAGUCUAUCUUCAAAAACCAAUCGAAUUUUUACCGCUUGGAUUUGCUGUUUUCUUCGAAUUUUGCCACUAUAAGCCAAAAAAAAAGUCAACCAGUACAAAAUGUUGGACUUAUAUAGAAAGGGACGAUAUGAAUGAUAAACGCGUCUCUUUAGAGCUCUAUAAAAAACCUGUUGAUAAUCGACGUAAAAAACUAAAAUUGUAUUCCGAUCGAAAAGUUUAUUUCAACGUUAAUCUGUCAUUAAUUGUUUAG